AUGGGGAACGUAAAUGAUGAAGUGAGGAUAAGUGAUUUGGACAAUACAUUUCACUGUGGAAAGGAAAGAAGUAUUACCUACUUCCUUGAGUUCCUCCUUAUGGUAACUCCAUUUUUUAAAAACCCAGUCAAAUUGACGUUAAAAGGAAUAACCGAUGAUUCUACCGAUGCGACUGUUCAUACGUGUAAAAUUGUGAGUGAACACUUUUUUAAAAAUAUUUUAAAAUUAGACGAUUAUUUUUUGAACAUUACUAUUCUGAGAAGAGGAAUACGGUCAGACCCUUCAGGGGAAGUUCUCUUCUUUAUGAAUAACCUGAAGACAGUGGAACCUUUCGACAUGAAUGACGCUGGGGUGGUUAAAAAAAUAAGUGGGACAAUUGUUUGCAAUAAAAUAUCUGUUGUGUUUAGAAACAAAUUGAUGAAUUUUGCCAAAAAGAAUUUACUCAACUUUACUCCAUAUGUCAGCAUAGAAGCGGAGGAUGCUAAGGUAAAGAAUUUCAAAGCACAAAAUCAUUUUAUUUCCUUUUCCUUGUUUGCCCAUACGAAGAAUAAGUGCGUAUAUUCCACGGACUUGUGCGUGGACGAGUUUUUCUUGAACCACGCACGGGGCGUCCUAAACAAGGGGGGUGAAGGAGGCGAAAUUGAUGACCAGGACGAAGCAAUGAGUGACGAAGUAACGGACGAUGAAGCAACAAACAAACCCGAGAUAAGGCACCGCAGCGCCGAAGCAGAAAAACAGAAUAUAACCCUACAUGAUGCAGACAUAUACGAACGGCUGGGAUUUUUUAUAGCCCUUAAAAUGAUGAACGAAAUAAAGGGGCUUCCGUCGGUCGAUUCCAACUACCAGUGGCUGCCCUUGUUGUACAUGGCCCUGGGAAAUGACUUAGCCGUUUCGAAAAUUUCCUUGAGCAUGGUAAAGCCAUAUUCCAUUGCGCUGAUGAGAUUGCUGAGGGACUUUUUCAAUGUCGUGUUUGAUAUUAAGAAAGUGGAGAAGUCCCCAGUGGACCACUCCUACCUGAUCAAGUGUGUGGGCAUAGGCUAUCGCAAUAUUUCUAAGAAGACCUUUUAG